UGAGAGGAGUUCUCUUUCCUACGUCAUCCUCCUCUCUCCACGUGAGCCUCUAGUUAGCUACAAGCUAAAUAAUCAUCAUGCUUCGUCGAGAGGUGAGACUGAGGCGGGAGUACCUGUACAGGAAGGCACAAGAGGACAGACUCCGAACAAUAGAGGAGAAGAAACAGAAGCUGAAGGGCGCACUUGAUGAAAAUCGUCUCCUUCCGACUGAGGUGCGCAAAGAAGCUCUGCAGCUACAGAAACUACUGGAAUAUGAUGAUGAAGGGGCAGAAGGCGUCAGCUCUCACGUGGACGAUGAGUAUAAAUGGGCCGGAGUGGAAGAUCCUAAAGUCAUGGUCACAACAUCCAGAGACCCGAGCUCCAGACUCAAAAUGUUUGCCAAGGAGGUAAAGCUGAUGUUCCCUGGAGCUCAGCGCAUGAACAGAGGAAACCACGAGAUUGCUGCUCUGGUGCGAGCAUGCAAAGCCAACAAUGUUACAGAUCUCGUCAUUGUACAUGAAACAAGAGGACAGCCAGAUGGCCUGGUGGUGUGCCACUUGCCAUUUGGACCCACAGCUUAUUUCACACUUUACAACGUGGUAAUGAGGCACGAUGUUCCAGACAUAGGCACUAUGUCUGAGGCAUACCCCCACCUCAUUUUUCACAACUUCUCCUCACGGCUUGGCAAGAGAGUAUCAAAUAUCCUCAAGUAUCUUUUUCCAGUGCCGAAGGAGGACAGUAGACGUGUGAUCACAUUCGCCAACCAAGAGGACUUCAUCUCUUUUAGACAUCACACCUACAAGAAAACAGACCACAAGAAUGUAGAGCUGACAGAAGUAGGACCCAGGUUUGAAAUGAAAUUGUACAUGAUCAAACUGGGCACCCUGGAGAAUGAGAGCACCGCAGAUGUCGAGUGGCGUCACCAUGCAUAUACAAACACAUCGAAGAAAAGGAGGUUCCUCAGUGUGCAAUAGGAAUCAAGACAACAACUGUAAAGUGUAACUGGACAAUUGUCAAAAACUGUGUUGUUCUGAACUGCAGGAAGUCUCAAAAUGUUGCGGAUGUAAAAUGACAAGUGAGGUUUUGUCAGAGGAGUUUAACAAAUGUGAGAAGAACGUGUGAUCAGAAGGGUGUACUAUGACACAAGAUCAAUGCGUUACGAAGUACCUAUGUUGAGCCCAAAGUCAGAUUUUAGAAUGUCAUGAAGGUUUCUCUCUUUUAUCCUGCAGCUAACUGGUACCACCUUUUCACCAAUUCUUUUCCUGACAAUUCUCAAUGAGAUGAGAAUCGUCUGUACCACACAAUUAGUAACAAAGACCGAAUGCAUACUGUAUGGAGUUUGUAACAACUGUUAUGCUAUUUUGUAAUAAAAUUUGUCUAUUCUGAUCUUC